GUUUACAGUACCAGUUCAGAGUCUGACAACAUCACUUCGCCAUGAAGACUUUAUCUUCUUUACUAUUACUGGUGGGAUGCGUCGUCUUCGCGAAAGCCCACACUUACCACAUGGGCGCCUGCCCCAUUGUGGAGCCAAUGCAAGGAUUCCAAAUGAAUAGAUUCCUAGGUAUAUGGUACGUGAUCCAGAAGACGUCCACGGCCAGCAAAUGCAUCACGUACAAUUACACUCGCGGCGAGGAGCCGGGCGAGUACGUGAUAACGCAAGAUUCUGAUCACCCGGUACUAGGUCUUACACCAUUGAAGCACGAGUAUCAUUACACCGGUGAAUUGUCCGUUCCGGAACCGAGCACGCCAGGCCGAAUGCAAGUUCGUUUUCCUCUCAGCGUAGCUGGAACUGCGUCCCACGUGAUCUUCGCCACCGAUUACGAGAACUACGCGGGCAUCUUCACUUGUCAGAAGCUGGCGUUCGCCCACCGUCAGAGCGCGACUAUCCUCUCCCGACGCCCCGAGCUGGACAAGAGCUACGUGGACAUGAUACGUUCGAAAUUAAGCCUCUUCGGCGUCGACCCUUACGACCUGAGCAUCAUCGUUCAGAACGGAUGCCCGAAAGGCAACAACACCCUGGACAUCAACGUGGACCCGAGCACGUUCACCGCUGAGAACUUUGGCAACGUGGUGCGCAAGGCUGGCGAGAAACUCGGCGACGGGGUCCAAUGGGUGGCCUCCACGGGGAGCAAGGUUUACCACAAGCUGAGAGGAACCGAAGAGAAGACCACCAGCAAACCGGAAGAGCACACCAGAGCUGCCAUUACCAGGGAUUACGAGACGAACGAAGUUGAAUGGAUCCCCUAAACGUUAGACUUAAGCAACGUAUUUUAGCUAUUUUGAUCUCGAUUGGUUUUAUUAUCUCGUAAGAUAAGUGUCCCAGUUAUCGACACGUCUGGGCAUUACUCUUUGCUUUAAUUAUGAUACGAGAGGACAGAAUUUUAUGUGAUAUAAUCUAUUAUUAUUUUUUUAUCAUAAUAAUAAUCUAUUUUAUAAUGAAAUUCUUGAGGAACAAGGCACUCGUGCUUAAUUUCUCGAUAUAGUUUAUCUGCUGGCGAUGUAAUGAUUAUUUUGACGCUAAUAUUAACAAGUUUGGACCAUACAAUUUGCUAAAAGUAAAUGAAUAUAUAAUUAUAUUUUAUAUAACGAAAGGAAGUAAUAUCGUCGAUGACUGGGUUAGUGUCAAAUUAGGUUAGUGUCAAAAUUACACCGACAAGAGUACGAAAAUGCUUUUGUACUUCGUUCUAAGAGCUUAGUCUGAGCAGCCAUUCAAAUUUCACGAGGCAACCACGGUCGAUCGCGGUGUUUGUGUUUACAUUGCAUGAUCACACGUCGAUAGGGUCAGGUUAGAGGUGCAUGAAGAACGAGAACGAAAGACUACGUGACCUAUAGAAUAAUAAAAAUGAUUCUCAAGUCGAUGGGUACACCGUGGAUAAACGAACCGUAAUUGACAGUAUCGAUGGUUGUCGAGGUAAAAUAAAUCUUGGUGAAGCCUA